GCUCCAUCGGGUACAGUUCCCACAGGCCACAGCGACUCACCACCAGCUGUAGAGCUCGAAUACCGUUCUUCCCGCCGAGAGCAGAUCCCGGCGACCGCACCCUCUCUUCGCCGUUAUAGGCAAUCCCUCGGCCGGCGAAGCCGGCUGGAAUCCGUGGAAACCCUAGAGCGAAUUCGGAGCGUCGAUUUGCCGGAGCUUCGUCUGCUUCCAAUGGCGAACCAGCAAGCAUCUUCAAGGCCGUGGCUCAUUGAAGCAGCGCCUUACUUGGUGGUUCUCCUCAUCGCUGCUCAUGUCUUCGCUUUGGUAUACUGGAUAUACAGAUUGGCUACGGAGAAGCAGCCUCAGAGAAGGAAGGCUCACUGAAGAACCUGUCGAUUUGCUAAUGAUGUAGCGAAGGUGAAAGUCACAGGGGAAUAUGGUGAUUAUGGUGGGAAGGAAUCAGUCACAUGCUCGAUUAGUAUCCAUUAAAUAUGCUGUAACAAAUGCAGUUCUCAGUCUCAUUGGCUUUGUAUUGAUGCAAAAUGUUUAGAGGCCUGGUAGCAUUGCUUCCUUCAACAGUCAAGAAAUCACCUGCUUGUUCUCGAGGGAGGAGAAGACAGGGAAAAGCCUCUGUUUUUGUAGUCCUUACUGAUAGUGAAAAGUCUCUUUCCCCCUGUUUUUGGGGUGAUUGUAGGGAACUAUGCAAGCUGCUGGGAGAUUGACUUCAAUCACUUUCUCCUUUUCUUGAAUACCAAUUUGUUGAUUCUCAUUUUUUCUCCUCUUGUAAUAUAACUAGCAUAGUCAUUCCAGAGGACAUUUUCUGUUGAUUCUCUAAGCGUGUGAACUUCUUUUGCCAUGUUUUACUGCAAAAUAAUAGAUACUUACAAGGAGAAUGCUUCCUCAGUCUCUUAAAUUCAACUGGCCUUUUUCUUUUUCUCCUAUGUGCAGAACUUUGCCCGAUUUGUUUAGCUGUAGUGUUUCCAAUCACACUCUGAAUAUUUAAAUUCCAUUGGGCUAGUGACUUCCUGAACUCUUUAUCUGUACAUCUAGGAAUUUGAACCUUUUGGUCUUGAAGGUGGAUAUAGUGUGUCUCAAAAGAGUGCUUAUGUUGUACUAUUUGUACAUAAUAGACUGUUUAGGGGAGUUGUCUGCGUUAUCUACAGCCUUAGCAUAGUGGAUCUUUGCAUCACGUGCUUGCUGUCUUCUUAUUUCUUUUCCUAGAUAUGUCUUGCUGCUUUACCUUCAUAGUUAACACGGUGGUUAGCGAUCCAUAUGACAAGAUGAUCAUGAUAAUACUUAGGUUUGUGUAGACCUGUCAAAAUGGGUCAUAAACCCAUUUUUUAACCCAUUUAUUAGUAAGUGGAUCAUAAAUAGGUUAAUUAUAUUUAGUAUGGAAGUGUUAAAUAUGGAAGUGUUUUAACAAUAUGGGUCGGGUCGGAUCGGGUAUGGGUCAAGAAAAUUACAUUGCGCAUAAAUGGGUCAUAAACAGGUUAAUGGGCCAAUUUGGGUUGGACCAUUUGUGACCCGACCCACCCAUUUUACACGUCUAGGUUUGUGUCUCUGAGUAGCUCGAAAUGAAUUUUUAAGAUUUACUUUCAGCUUUCUGAUCCGAGUGGAUACAUUUUGGGAGAUGAUGGUUACUUCUGUGCUUUUUCAAUGUGCUCACACUAGUGUCUUUUAUCAUAUUCAAAACAGAUAGACUGUCUCCUUGCAGUGAUGAGGAAACUAAUGGUAUCUAAUUAUACCGCAGGAAGUUUACAGCUCAAGGAUGAUCCAUCUUGGGGAAAAUUCAAAA